UGUUCGAACACAAAACAGAUUAACUAAAAAAAAUAACAAUACCAUAUCUUCUUAUCUUAUCAACAACUCAAUUAUAUCCUUUUUAGUUAAUCAUUUCCAGAAUUAAUGGCUACAAGAAAGAAUUUCCAAUUUCUUGGAUCAAAAGAUCAAAGAAUUAGCCCCUCCAAUGAUCUCCAAUUUGAGUUUGAUGAAUCUUAUAUAUGGGAAAACACUAAUAUUACUCCUCAUCACUCUGAGUCCAAAAGAUUAAUAAAUACUUUGCGUUUCUCACAAAAACCAUCACCACCACCACCACCAGCAAGAUCGUUGCCAAUGAAUGUACCGGAUUGGUCAAAAAUCCUAGGCAACGAGUACAAAGAUAAUAAUAUUCUAGACAAGGAGGAAGUGGAUGCAGAAAACAAAAUUCCUCCUCAUGAAUAUUUAGCAAGGACAAGAGGGGCUUCAUUUUCCGUGCAUGAAGGUAUAGGAAGGACACUCAAAGGAAGAGAUUUGAGUAGGGUGAGGGAUGCUAUUUGGAAACAAACUGGUUUUGAAGAUUAGCUAAUUCACGAUGAGGUACUUGUUAUGUCUCAUCAGUAUAGAUAUCGAGUAAAAAUCAUUUAAUAAUUUUAUU